CCCCGCCGCAGAGUUUGGAUAAAAGCAGAGCAAAAUGCCUCAGCCGAGCUCAGAGGCAUAGACAUGUUGGGCUGGAACGAGGAAGUGCAGUGGAGAGGGGAGGGACUCAGGGCGCAGCUCCAUGGGGCCGCCGCGGCGCUGCGACCUUCUGCACAUGGAGCCGGGGAGAGUUGGAAGAACUUCAUUCUGCAAACUCAAGGAAUAGCAGAAUACUUGCACCGCAUGGAGACCGAAGAGGCCCAGGAAAUGGCGCAGAUGCCAGGCAGGGAGAGCCCCCCUGUCAACGAAGCGUCUGAGGAGGCAGAGGAGCCCAUGGCCGUCCCCGAAGACCUGUCAGCCGGUUCCACCCACCAGCAGAACAACCGGGGGGACAAAGCCUGUAACAUUAAAGUUGAGGCUCGCAGUGAUGAGGAGAGUGGGCUGGCCUGUGACAUGAUGAAUGGCGUGGAGGAGGAGGAGUGCGCGGAAGACUUGCGCGUGGUCGACCCCUCCGGGGCCAAGCUGAACGGCUCACAGCCGAGUCCCGAAGCCAAGGCCUUCUCCUCGGCGGGCGGUAUCCGGCUGCCCAACGGGAAGCUCAAGUGCGAUAUCUGUGGGAUAGUUUGCAUUGGCCCCAAUGUGUUGAUGGUGCACAAGCGAAGCCACACCGGCGAGCGGCCGUUCCAGUGCAGCCAGUGCGGCGCCUCCUUCACCCAGAAGGGCAACCUGCUGCGUCACAUCAAGCUCCACUCAGGAGAGAAACCCUUCAAGUGUCACCUCUGUAGCUACGCCUGCCGCAGGAGGGACGCCCUCACCGGACACCUGCGCACCCACUCAGUUGGAAAACCGCACAAGUGCGCCUACUGUGGCAGGAGCUACAAGCAGCGCAGCUCCCUGGAGGAGCACAAGGAGCGCUGUCACAACUACCUGCAGUGCAUGGGCCUGCAGAACAGCAUCUACACAGUAGUAAAGGAAGAAAGCAACCAGAAUGAGCAGAGGGAAGACUUAAGCCAGACGGGAUCUGACAGAGCCUUGGUGCUAGACAGACUAGCUAAUAAUGUAGCUAAGCGUAAGAGCACUAUGCCCCAGAAGUUUGUGGGAGACAAACGUCUGUCGGAUCUGUCGUACGACGGCGGAUCGGGAGAGCUCAUCCAGCCGCACGUCAUCGACCAGGCCAUCAACAGCGCCAUAAGCUACCUGGGAGCGGAGUCUCUGCGGCCCCUGGUCCAGACCUCCCCGGCGCCCUCCGACGUCGGUCUCGGCUCCAUCUACCCGCUCCACAAGCCGGUCCCCGAGGGCCACGUGGGCGCCGUCCUGUCGGCCAAAGACAGCGCGGCCGAGAACCUGCUGCUGCUAUCCAAGUCGGCGCCCAGCGACAAGGACGGCUCGCCCAGCCACAGCGGCCAGGACUCCACCGACACCGAGAGCAACAACGAAGACCGGACGGGCGCGGCCACCGGCCUCAUCUACCUGACCAACCACAUGGGCUUGAGGAACGGCGUGCUGCCGCUGGUCAAGGAGGAGCAGCAGAGGUACGACGCCAUCAGGGAGGUGGCCGCCGAAGGAUUCAAGGUGGUGACGGCGGACGGCGAGCAGGUGAGAGCGUACCGCUGCGAGCCGUGCCGCGUACUCUUCCUGGACCACGUCAUGUACACCAUUCACAUGGGCUGCCACGACCACAGAGACCCCUUCGAGUGCAACAUCUGCGGCCACCGGAGUCAAGACCGCUACGAGUUCUCGUCUCACAUAACCCGGGGAGAGCAUCGCUGAUGAGCGCCCCCUUCAGUCCACACUGCAAAAACACAACGUAUUACCAAGUAUUUAGUCUACUUUGUAGUGGAAAUACCUUAAUUCACUUGAAAUAAGACAAAACACUUUUCAUUAGGGAUGCGCCGAUAAAUCGGCUCUGAUUUCCUUAAUUUUGGGAGAAUGAUGAUUAGCUGAUACUUAUGUGAACUUGGCAAAGGUCAAACAAUUACCCACUGCUGCCAACUUAGCAACAUUUCAGAUAAAAAUAUCAGUAUCGGACAGAAUCAGAAUCGGCAGGUCAGACUUUUUAAAGAUCAUGAUUGGCCAGAAAACUGCAAUCGGUGCAUCCGUUGAUACCCAGGAGGGAAAAGCUCAUAUGUUGACAAGCUACUCCACGAAUAAGCAACAUAAAAUUAAUAUAAAGUAUAUUUAUACACAAGUGUUAAAGGAUAAGUAAAUUAAAUAAAUACAGGACCUUCUUUUAAAUCAAUAAUUUCUUAAUACUUAUAAAAAAAUACUACUUCCACUGGCAGAUUGUUUAAAGUGAAAAAAAUUUUUUAAAUCAGUCUGGCUGAAAAGUUACCAGUUAGUUUUGUCUUAUUUCAAAUUUACUAAGAAAUUAGACUAAAAUACUUAGUAAAAUUUUGUGUUUUUACAGUGCAAAAAAAGACAAAGCAAAUACCAUAAAAAAACCACACAUCUGCAAUAAAAGUGUAGAAAUACAUGAUGUAAAAUACACUCCUAAUGUCUGGACGUUUUUAAACCAUGUUGCAUGUUUGUUGAUAUAUGAAUAUAUGAAAAACUUUUCUUUUUUUUUUUUUUGUUAUUUUAAAUACAAUGUUUCCGAAAACAUGAACAACUGUUGUAGAAAAUGCAGCCAAAAAUACAAAAGGACCUUUUUCUUUUUAUUAAAAUGAACAAGACUUGCACCAAAAUAAAAAAAAGAACAAAGAUUUAGUGCAAACAAAACACAGCUAACACUGGAGGUAUUUACAAUCAGCUAAAGGUGAGACCAGAGUUCUGUAAAAUGUCUCAACCCUUCACCUUUUGCUCGUCUUUGUAGGAUUAUUUAUGAAACAUUUACAUGCUUGUCUGUUUUUUUUAUAUUUAUUACAGUGAUUGCUGUUUUGUGUUAUAGAGUAGCAUCUUUUUUCUGUUCAGCUGUACUAAAAAUGUGUGUGAGAGAUUUUUGUGUCUGCUGCUGGAGGCUGUUCAUGUAAAGGAUCGAGAUCUGCUGUAUCGGAAACUAAAAGUAAAGUUACCAUCAUCUGGAGAGAGGGUUACGCUUUCAAGAUGUCAAUAAAGGAUAUUUUAUAUAUGCA